AUGCCGCUAGGGAUUGUUGCUGCUCCUGCAGCUCGCAAAGCCACUUCGCUCUUUUCACCGAUAGCUAUCGGGGCAAAUAACCGUGUUGUGUUACCCAACCGUUUCGUUAUGUUACCCAUGUACCUCAAUAUCGAACAGGAGCUUGACAUGUGGAGCGACGCUCACAUGGAUGCCAUGGGUACAUUUUUCGCAGAGCGCGCAAGGAAUGGUGCCAAGCUAAUCGUAUGUGGUGGAUUGGGUGUCUCCCGUCUCGGAAAGUGGCGGGUGGAUAGCAUGUCACUUGACACCCGUGACGCAGCAAAGGCCCUAUCGCGUGUGACGGAAGCCGUGCAUAAAGAGGGCGGACUUAUCCUUGCUCAGGCCCUUCACCCUGGCAGAGCGGCGCGUCGGCGAUGGUUUGUUUCUUCCACCUCCACGCCAUCUCCCGUCCAACCGUUUCCUCAGGCACAUCCGUGGCGCGUUCCGGGAAUGCUACUGGAGUACAUUGUGUCCGAGCAUGAGCGAUUUGCUCGGCUAGCGGAAGCAGCAGGUUUCGACGGUAUUGAAAUACCAGUCAGUGAGGGCGCCUUGUUACACAAUUUUCUCUCACCUGCCGUCAACGACAGGAAUGACCGCUUUGGUCGCUCACUUGAUGGGAGAAUAGAGCCCACGCUCCGGACCCUUGACGCGGUGCGCCGCUCUCUUUCGGACCCUGAGAAGUUUCUUCUCUCUGUACGGUUGUGCGUGCACGACCUGAAGGUGGGGGGAACCUCCAUGGCUGAGACCGUUGCGGUGGCUGAAGCGUUGGCGCGCUUUGGUGGUGUGGACAUGUUAAGCACCAGUGUCGGAAUGCACGACUCACCCGUGCAGACCAUGGCUUCGUACGUUCCGCAGGCCACGUUCGCUCGGUGCGUACAACACGUACGCGAACAACUGCAUUUACGUGGGGUAAUUCUUCCUGUCGUUGCCACACAUCGGGUGCAUUCCAUAGCUGUAGCAGAGCGAUUAUUGAAGGAUGGUGUAUGUGACCUUGUUGGUGUUGGGCGGCCGUUGCUUGCUGACCCGCAGAUGAUCCGAAAGGCAGAGGAAGGUCACACCGAGGAUAUCAUCCCCUGCAUUGCGUGUAAUCACUGUGUUAAUCGUCUGUACAAGCACCAGCGCAUGACGUGUGCGCUUAAUCCUUUCAGUGGUUAUGAACGGGAGCGCCGGUGCACUCCUGCGCUGUUCAAGAAAUCGAUAGCCGUUGUUGGUGCAGGUGCUGCGGGUGUUACGUGUGCACUCACGUUAUGGCGCCGUGGUCACGAUGUUACACUUUUUGAAAAGUCGAAUUACGUUGGCGGGCAACUUAACCUCGCGAAGGUGGUCCCUGGUAAGGAGUCCUACCAGGAGAUUUUGGAAUACUGGACCAGACAGCUACGGGAGUCGGCCAUUAAUGUAAGACUUGGCGCGGAGUUCACCCGGGAAGAGAUGGCUCGAAAUCACCAAUUUUUUCACGCUGUAGUACUUUGCUGCGGAAGCGUGCCACGUCCCGCUACAUCUCACCAGCUUCCCGGAACAUCUGAAAGCCGCCUCGUUGUGCCUUUCGAAAAGAUUCUUAAUGGUAGUGUCCGCGCGGGUCGGCGCGUUGUUAUUAUUGGAAAUGGUGCGAUUUCGCAUGAUGUGGCCUCGUAUUUGCUCCACGACCCGCGUGUGUCACGGAGCAUUCACGAGUACUGCGACGAAUGGGGUGUUAACCUCGACGAUGGCAGUCUUGACCCACAGGCUGCCUUCCGAGUGCCGCGUAACAACCGCGAUGUGGUGUUAUUUAAUAAAGCGGACAAGGAUGCUGAUCUUUCGCGGGGGAGGGGUUGGACGCAAAAGCUGUGGAUUCGAAACCACGGUGGUACUAUUAUCAAACAUGGCCUCGUCGAAAAUAUCGACGGAAACGGCGUUCACAUCUCUAUGGUGCCACCAGACAGUCGCAAAUUUUUCGUUGAGUGUGAUACCAUUGUUUGGGCGUAUGGGAUGUUGCCGAACAUCUCCGUGGGAACGUGGAUUUAUGAAUGGAUGAAGGAUGGUGCAAAAAAGCGAGGGGAAAUGAUUAGGGACUUCAGCAUAUACAAUGCGGGGUCGUGUCGUGAUAGUUACAGUGGCGAAGGACACGGAGAGCAGGACCUGCUGCAGGCCGUGCAUGAGGGGUAUGAAAUCGGUUACAAGAUUUGA